GCAUAUGAGCUCAGCUACUGAAAUACAUUCCUUCAGACUUUUCCCUGGAGGACCCCUGAGUAUGUGAGAUUCUGAGAUCAGACAGGCUGCAGUAAGGCAAUCUGACUUGGGGGAGUCCGGGUGGCUGGUGGAGGCCUGGUCAGGACCUUAUUUGUCCAGUACUGGAACCAAGUAGGUGGUAGCUGAGGUGCAGGGGCAGGACCGUUCACAGACGAAACAGCACAGGAAGCCAGCCGGCCCCUGAAGCAGACCUUCCUCCAGGGCAGUGUACCGUCAUCACUCUCUCAGCUGCAGAUCUUUGUCACCAGUAUGGAAACAAAGUUCCUCCAGACGUCCAGAGGAAGGGUGGAGCAUCACUCUGAUGUCCAGAUGUCCUCCUCUUCUACGUCUGUCACCACAAGCAGCACCAAACUGCGCAAAGUCUCUCAAACUUCUAAGGUUUUCGACGAACAGUCUGGGCAGCGAAAGAUCUCAACUGUGGUGGAGUCAUUCAGCCAGGUCCACAAGUCCUUCGAGAUCCCAGCAGGAGAGUCCGUCCCAGAUUUUGAGGAGAAGCCCCGCCCCAUUACGGCACAGGAGGGGGACAAGGCCUCCUUUAAGGUGAAGGUGACGGGGAAUCCCAAGCCCAUUGUGACGUGGAAGAGAGAAAGUGGGAAACCUCUGACUGAAGGGGCCAUGACCUACUACGACAACAUCAACAAGCUGUAUGUUUUGAAGAUUAAAUCUCUAACCAUGGAAGAUGGAGAUGUCUACAAGUGCAUCGUCUCCAACGAUCAUGGAGAGGCUGUCUACUGCAUGUCACUCAUAGUGACGGAAAAUCCGGCGAUGGAUUUCAAGAAGAUGCUGAAGAAACGGAGCACACCAGCUCCCAAGGAGGAGAAGAAGCCUAUCACAGAGGAGGAGAUGUUGAAGAUUUUAUCUGGAGCAGAUAAGAAGGACUAUGAGCGCAUCUGUGCUGAGUACGGCUUCACCGACUUCAGAGGAAUUCUGAAGAAGCUCAAGGAGAUGAAAAAGAAGGGAGAUGAAGAGAUGGUGAAGGUCCUGAAACCCUUGGAAGACAUUACGGCCAAGGCGGAUUCCAAUGUGGUUUUUGAGACCAUUCUGGGACUGAAAGACCCUAACAUCAAAAUGCUGUGGUUCAAGGACACAGAGCUGCUACGGAUCCAGUACUCCUUGGGGAAGUAUGAGCUGAAACAGAUGGGCACUAAGUUCAUGCUGUGUAUCUCCAGCGUUAGCCUGAAGGACUCUGGCAGCUACUCACUGAAGGUUGGAGAGAAGACCCUCUCUGCAAGGCUCAAUGUCAUAGAUGAACCUUUGAAGUUCACGUCAGACCUGAAGCCUGUGCGUGUGACCGAGCGGCAGACAGCCAUCUUCGAGGUGCGUCUGUCCAAGAAGACCGACAAGCCGCCCGUGUGGAAGUUUGGUGGUAAGGAGCUGAAGCGUGAUGAGAAAUUUGACGUGGUCGUGUCUGAGGACGGGCUCACCCACACGCUGAAGAUCAAGGACGUGAGGCCAAGCGAGACGGGCGAGUACACCUUAAGCCUGGGCGACCUGACCAGCACGUCCCCUCUCUUCAUCGACAGGAUACCUAUCAAAUUUGUGAGCCACCUGAAGAAUGUGCAUGUGAAGGAGAAGGGCAAGGCACGGCUGGAGUGUGAGAUGAGCUCCAAGGACGUGCAUAUCAAGUGGCUGAAGGAUGGAGAGGACAUCUCCAACAACCCCCGCUACAGCUUAAUGCGCGAGGGCAAGCGGGCAGAGAUCGUCAUCGACGACUGCGACCUGGCAGACAGCGGCGAGUACACCAUCGUCUGCACGCAGGAUAAUGACGCCCAGGAGUACAUCAGCUCCGCCAACCUCAUCGUGGAUGAACGCUUUGCUACUGUCAAGAGUGGGAUGUCUGACAUCCAGUGUCCCACUGACUCCAGUUCAGAGCUGUGCGUGGUCCUGAAUGACGAGAAAGUGGAGGGGGUGUGGCUAAAAGAUGGCAAGGAGGUGUCAGAUAUGAGUGGAAUUCAAGUGAUCAAACAGGGUGCUGUGCACAAGCUGAUCUUCAACAAGGUGGGUGAGGAACAUGAAGGCAGGUAUACCUUCAGGGCCAAAGGAGCGGAGAGUGAAGCAGUGCUGUCAAUUGCAGAUCCUCCAGCUAUUGACCCCAUCAUGCUGGAGGUAUUAGCCAGCAACCCUGUAACUGUGAAGGCCGGGCAGACAGCCAUCAUCAAGAUCCCUUUCAAGGGCAAGCCCAUUCCCAGAGUGACAUGGUACAAGGAUGGCAUUGAAGUGACAGGGGAUGCACGCACCACCCUAGAACGAGAGGCGGACUUCACCACGCUGAUGCUUGCCAAAUGCGUGCGUGAGGACAGUGGCACCAUCAUGCUGAGGCUUAAGAGCGACUGUGGAACCGCCAUUGCUAACAUGCACCUUAACGUCUUGGAUCGCCCCAAGCCCCCCCAAGGUAACGUGGAGUUCCUAGAGCGGACAGGAAGGUGCAUCAAAAUGAAGUGGAAGGCACCACGGGACAAUGGGGGCAAGCAAGUGACCAGCUUCAUCAUCGAGAGGUGUUUGGCGGGGAAAAAGUCCUGGAUGAAGGUGGGGGAGGUCGACCCCAGCACCACCUUCUUCAGCAACGACAAGGUGGAGGAGGGGAAAGCCUAUCAGUACCGCAUUCGAGCCGUCAACUCGGAGGGUGUGAGUGACCCGCUGGAGACGGAGGAGGUCUGUGCUGGGGAGCCCAUUGAGCCCCCAGGCACGACCUCUCAGCCUCAGAUUACAGAUGUGACCAAGGAUGCAGUCACUGUGACCUGGACCCCACCUGCCCAGGAUGGGGGCGCCCCUGUGCUGGGUUACAUGAUCGAGAGGAGAAAGAAAGGCAGCAAUAUGUGGGUCCCGGUCAGUAAGGAGCUCAUCCAAGAUACCAAAUACACAGUGGGUGGGUUGGUGGAAGACAUGGAGUAUGAGUUCAGGGUAGUCAGCGUGAACAGAGCUGGACCGGGCGUCCCCAGCAGCAGCUCCAACUCCGUGCUCGCAAAGGACCCUGUCCGUGCUCCUGGCUUGGUAAAGGACUUACAUGUGACCGACUCGUCCAGUUCCUCCAUCUCUCUGGGCUGGUGGCCCCCGCAGCAAGGCGAUGACCCUUCAGGCUACAUCCUGGAGAUGCGCCCUGACGACGCCAAGGAGUGGUCAAAGUGCACCAAGGUCCCCAUCGCUGGCACCAGCUACACAGUGGGAGGCCUGCAGGACCGCAUGAAGUACUGCUUCCGUAUCCGCGCCGUUAACGAAGGCGGCGUCGGGGAGCCCGUCGCACUCGAGCAGGGGGUGCCGGCCAUGCCGCCCCCUGCGCCCCCUAGGUUUGACCUCCGUGGAAAAGUGAACAACCAGCGGCUGGUGCGCGCUGGCACAGCUCUGUGCAUCCACGUCACUUUCACGGGGUCUCCUCCGCCAGUGGUGACCUGGCUGAAGAACGGCAUCCCCACCACCGGCAGAGAGACCAUCACCAAAGGGAAGGAGCAUUCCCAGUUCCUCAUCAGCUCAUCCCAGCGCUCCGACUCCGGGCUGUACCGCAUCGGGCUCCGCAAUGACUAUGGAGAGGUUCACUACGACGUCAGGGUUCAGGUCACAGAUGUCCCGCGCCCCCCCAUGAACCUGCGUCUCGUAGAGGAGGUUCCCGGCAUGGUGACGCUGCACUGGGAUCACACGCCUGACCUGGCAGACGACGAGCACACCCACUACAUCGUCCUGAAACGGGACAGCAGCACGGCCACCUGGUUCACAGCCACCGAGCGCGUCUUUAGCAGCAAGUACACCAUCGGUGGCCUGCUGCCUGGCCGCAAGUACUACUUCCGGGUCAUCGCCCGCAACCACAUCGGGGACAGUGACCCCCUGGAUUCCAAGGAGCCCUUCAGCAUUGCUAAGGAGAAAGAACACUUCACCCUGAACCUGAAGCAGUACACACCCCAGGAGCGCUUGGCUGCACCACAGUUCCUGGUUCCCCUGAAGGACCACGCCGUGCGACGUGGGCACGACUGCACCAUGAGCUGUGCCUUCGUGGCCUCCCCGCUAGUCCGGGUGUCCUGGUACAAAGGCGAUGUCCAAAUCCUGGAGAGCCCACGCUACUGGCAGACCACCGCCGACGGCGUCUGCACUCUCACCAUCCCCACCUGCGGCGUUAAAGACAGCGGCGAGUACACCCUGAUUGUGGAGAACACCCUGGGAAAGGUCAAAUCCAAGUGCAACCUGGUCAUCUUCGAUAAGGACGACAAGAGCCUGCUGGAGAGCCUGACUGAGCCUUCUAGGAAAGGCAAGCACAUCAUGUGACGCUGCCAAGCUCAGAGAUAGGGGGAGCUGUUUCUCACACUGCUUCUGAAAGCAUACCUUACUGUCUUAAGACACACUCCUGGCAAUGGAAACUGAAAUGUAGGCCACAUGGCGCUUGAUUAAAUAUUCUCCUUACUAUUAGGUAAUCCUGGCUAAUGGCCAAGUAUGUGAUCCCUGACAACAAUAGAGAAAUUCUCUGGAGGUUUUCCUAAUCCCAACUAUGAUUCUAUUGCCAAAAUAUGCACCCAACUUAUAUAUAAUGAUAGUUUUAAUGUGUUUAAUAAUAAAAUGAAAAAUAAGUAAAUACAUUAAUUGAGAUUACUUUAGACACAAAAUUAUACAACUCGGCAGAGAGACGUUAUUUUUACGUCCACCAGAUGUCAGGCUUACUCUAUGCCUACAGGGCAUACUUAAAACUUCAAUUUUCUACUGAAUAUAAUCACACAUAACUACGAAUUGGAUAAGACUGCGGCUUAUUGUGUCCGCUGGUGUCUGGAAAUGUAUUAUU